CAAACUGCAUUGCAUUGGAGUGCCUACUACAAUAACCCAGAGCAUGUGAAACUUCUCAUCAAGCAUGAUUCAAAUAUUGGAAUCCCUGAUAUUGAAGGAAAAAUCCCACUUCACUGGGCAGCUAACAACAAGGACCCUAGCGCAAUUCAUACUGUGAAAUGUAUUCUGGAAGCUGCACCUACAGAAUCUCUGCUUAACUGGCAAGACUACGAAGGACGAACUCCCCUUCAUUUUGCUGUUGCUGAUGGGAACGUAGCUGUCGUUGAUGUCCUGACCUCUUAUGAAGGCUGCAAUGUGACGUCUUAUGACAACUUGUUUCGAACUCCUCUUCACUGGGCAGCCUUACUUGGUCAUGCACAGAUUGUACAUCUCUUACUAGAAAGAAACAAGUUUGGAACUAUCCCAUCUGACAGUCAAGGUGCAACACCACUACACUAUGCAGCACAAAGCAAUUUCGCUGAAACAGUGGAAGUAUUUCUGAAACAUCCUUCUGUAAAAGAUGACUCAGAUCUUGAAGGAAGAACAUCCUUCAUGUGGGCAGCUGGGAAAGGCAGUGAUGAUGUCAUUAGGACUAUGCUGAAUUUGAAAUUAGAUAUUGAUAUCAAUAUGACAGACAAAUACGCUGGCACAGCAUUACAUGCUGCUGCACUUUCUGGCCAUGUCAAUACAGUGAAAUUGCUGUUGGAACACAAUGCACAGGUCGAUGCUUUGGAUGUCAUGAAACACACUCCGCUUUUCCGAGCCUGUGAGAUGGGACACAAAGAAGUGAUCCAAACACUCAUUAAAGGAGGAGCAAGAGUAGAUUUAGUUGACCAAGAUGGCCAUUCGCCCCUUCACUGGGCAGCCCUGGGAGGAAAUGCUGAUGUGUGCCAAAUCUUGAUAGAAAAUAAAAUCAACCCUAAUGUGCAGGAUUAUGCAGGUAGAACACCUCUGCAGUGUGCUGCAUACGGAGGUUAUAUUAACUGCAUGGUAGUGUUACUGGAAAACAAUGCAGAUCCAAAUAUUCAGGAUAAAGAGGGAAGAACUGCUUUACACUGGUUGUGUAACAAUGGCUACCUUGAUGCUAUUAAGUUGCUGCUUGGUUUUGAUGCUUUCCCUAAUCAUAUGGAGAACAGUGAGGAGAGAUAUACUCCCCUUGAUUAUGCCUUGCUUGGGGAACACCAUGAGGUGAUUCAGUUCAUGUUAGAACAUGGGGCUCUCUCUAUAGCUGCCAUACAGGACAUUGCUGCUUUCAAAAUUCAGGCCAUCUAUAAAGGAUACAAAGUUAGAAAAGCUUUUCAAGAGAGGAAGAAUCUUUUAAUGAAACAUGAACAGCUGAGAAAAGAUGCAGCUGCCAAGAAACGUGAAGAAGAAACUAAGAGAAAAGAAGCCAAGCUGCAAAAAGGAAUGCAGAACUUGGAGCAAAAUAAGUUUGGAGUGCAACAGAAUUCUGGAAAUCAAGGGAAGACCACCAGUGCCACGCAGUUGCCUAGUAAACAAAGUGACAUGCAGAGUAACAGACUUCCCUCCUGCAACGCUUCUCCAAACUCGUCGGGGAGAAGCAGUGGAGAUUCACCUAAGGCUUGUCGCAGCAAAGGGACACCAAAGGAGACUUGCCUGUCUGCAGAGCAUCAGAGUGAAGGUCAUAAAAACAGGCAAGCUAAGGAAUUAUUGAGAAAACACACCAAAAACAAGUCAGCUUGUGUCCAUUUCCACCAUGGCAAAGAAAAUGAAGGAAGAAAAAGUGAAGUGAAGCAUCAAGUUGCAGCAGCUGCAGAGCUGGAUAGAGAAAAGCAUCAUGACUACACCACUGAGGCAAAUACUUCUGCUCAGAGGAAUGGAAAGAAUACUUCUACUUGUACAGUCACUAGUGUUGGGGAAAAAUCAAGAGUUCCAGGUCAGUCUUCAUCUGCUAACGGGGACUGUUGCAAAAGAACUGCUGUAAUCUUGUGCAACACCAGCUGUGCUGGUGGAAUUGCAAGAAAUUUGAGACAGCACGAAAUGGUUUCAAAAGGCAGAAGGCAUAAUCAGAAAUCAAGAAAUAAAGAGGUAAAUCAUGAGAGAUGUUCACCAGCUGGCUCUAGUAGACCAGGAAGCGCCAAAAUGGUAUCUGUAAAUACUAGAAAUGACAGUGUACAUGCUGUAGAACAAACUAACAAUGUGGGAAAUAAUGAAUUAGCAAAAAAGAACUGUCCUUCAUUGUCUGCCAUGGAAGAAUCUACAAGAACUGUGCCAAGAAAUCCAUCAGCAUGUUCUGUUUGUGAUGACAGUUUGAACUUGGACAAAACAGAGGUAAUUGGGCCCAGGAAUGCGGAUGAUCAAUUAUGUUCUUCUGUCACAUGGCAAAGUACAAAUAUUGAACAAAUCCCUUUAGAGGUUCGAAUGCAGGUAAUAGAAAACGAAAGAAGAAGAAAAGAGCUUUUUCGGAAAAAGAACUAUGCAGCCACUGUUAUACAGAGGACGUGGAGAAGCUACCGGCUGAGGCGGGAGCUGUUCCGGCUGCUGGGGGCCGCGCGGCGGCGCGAGGACGAUGAGGACGAGCGGCGGCGGGAGGCGGCCGCCCUCUGCGUGCGGGUGGCCUGGAGGAGACCGCAGAGCCACGGCCCGCCCGGGCCGGAGGCGGCCGGCAAACACCCGAGGGCGACGACCAGGGCCAGCGCGGCCACGAAAACGAGCAAGCAGUCCAUCCUAAAGCAGAUCUAUGGACGUUCUCAGGACGGCAAAGCGUAUCAGCCAGCAAGACCUCCCUCAAAGUUUAAACUUUCUGAAGUGCAUCUGGCCUCAGUGAACGACCUACAGUACGUUAAUCUGCUGGAGAACAUGGGAAAAUCAAAGCAGUUUUCCUACAACAUGAGAUCAGCCACUUCUGCAAAAUCAAGAAGACUCAAGCAUUGA